AUGGCGCGCCAAGUUGCCGUUAUCGGUCUUAUAUUCAUUGUCGUCGUUGCCGGGUCGGUGUCCGCACAAGCACCCGACGAGCCCCCCACUGCAUCCCCGUCACCAAAGGCUUCACCUACGAAAACCAAUGCUUCCUCCUCCCCCGCUUCGGCACCUUCAAAAUCUACUCCCUCCAGUGCAUCCUCCCCUGCUUCAGCACCUUCAAAAUCCACUUUCUCCAAUGCUUCCUCCGCCGCUUCAGCACCACCUUUAAAAUCCACCACUGUCUACACCCCCGCCUCUGCCCCAGCUCCCAGUGGUGAUCAUGCCAAGUCACCUGCUGCACCUGCAUCAGCAAAAGCCCCCACUGCUAGCAGCGCCCCGGCCUCCUCACCAGAUGCUGAUGCGAAUGCCUUAUCUCCUCCUGCUCCAGGACCUGGCUCUAUUGAUGCUACUGAAGGACCCUCAAGUAGUGCUGAAGGCCCCGUUGCAGGUGAGACGAUAGACGCUGAUGCUCCUAUUGCUGCGGGACCUGCAGCCGACGAGGCUACACACAGUGGGUCAUCUGCCUUGGGCGUCUCAUUCACUGUCACUGGGGUUGCUGCUCUUGUUGCUUUCUUCUACUACUAA